GGAGGAGGAGGCGGCGGCAGCGGCGAGGAGUGGCUUUCCCUCGGCCGGGUCCCUCGCUAGGACUCCCUUCCCUUCCCUGCCCUUCCCGAGAGGAAGGCGCUGCCUCAGCCGGGAAUGGCGGCGCCCGAGCGACGGGCCUUCGCGCACCGCAUUAACCGGACUGUGGCAGCUGAAGUGAGGAAGCAGGUAUCUCGAGAAUAUGGUAACUCUCCGCAACUUUCGAAGAAGCGUGGUGGCAUCCCCCAGUCGGUGCCUCUGACAGAAGUGGUGGAACCAGUAGACUUUGAGGAGUACCUCUCCAGCCACCUGCCAGAUGCUGAGCCUGGCCCACUUCGUGACCUGGUUGAGUUUCCUGGUGAUGACUUGGAGGUGAUCCAUGAACCCCGAGAUUGUCGGACACUGGAACCGGGAGUCCCUGAAGAUGGGAAACAAGAUGCCCGUGUACGGGAUGCUGUACAAGUCUAUACAGAAAACUGGGUUAUUGUCCAGAGGAAGUAUCAAAGGCUGAGUACCAUGUAUAAUGCCAUCACUCCUGAGAAACAGAGGGAAAGACAGAAAGGGUUGCCAAGGCAGGUCUUUGAACUUGAUGAAGUAGCCGAAGAGCGGAACAGUCAGGGGGAUGCGGAUGACCUGAAACGCUGCUCUGCCUCCUUGGAUGAUACGCCUCGAGGCAGCUGGGCUUCCAGCAUCUUUGACCUGAAGAACUCUGCAGCUGACUUCUUGCUACGCUCACUUUUGGUGCGCACUGCCAUCGAAGAGACUGACCGUACCAAUGAAGAGCUGCGUAAGAAGAACCGGCACAGUGAGAUCUUGGCAUUGUUUCCUGCUCCUGAUGAGGAUGAAGCAGUGGAACGCAGCAGUAUCCCAGAAGUCCCAAAGGAGCACUUUGGCCAGAGGAUCCUUGUGAAGUGUUUGUCUCUAAAAUUUGAGAUAGAGAUUGAGCCAAUCUUCGGGUCAUUAGCACUCUAUGAUGUGAAAGAGAAGAAGAAGAUUUCUGAAAAUUUUUAUUUUGAUCUUAAUUCGGAGCACAUGAAGAGCCUGCUGAGAGCGCACAGUGCCCACCCUGCCAUUUCCACACUGGCCCGUUCAGCAAUCUUCUCUCUCACACAUCCUUCCCCAGACGUAUUCUUGGUGAUCAAGCUGGAAAAGGUCCUGCAGCAAGGAGACAUUAGUGAGUGCUGUGAACCAUACAUGGUCAUGAAGGAAACAGAUACAUUGAAGAACAAGGAGAAGCUGGAGAAGCUGCGGGUGGCAGGAGAGCAGUUCUGCAACCGCUUGGGGCGCUACCGCAUGCCCUUUGCCUGGACUGCUAUCCACCUCAUGAAUAUCAUCAACAGCACUGGCCUGCUGGAAAGGGAUGCUUCCGAGCCUGAGAGUGACCGCAGAGGCACCUGGAAUGAGCGCAAGAGGAAAGCAUAUGAGCGCAUGAGUGUUGGGGAAGAGGUGUGCAGCUUUAACAACUUCCGCCCAGCUACCCUCACAGUCACCAAUUUCUUCAAGCAGGAAGGUGAUCGCCUCAGUGAUGAGGACCUGUACAAGUUCCUGGUGGAUAUGAGACGACCAUCCUCUGUCCUUAGGCGUCUCCGACCUGUCACAGCCCAGCUCAAGAUCGACAUUUCACCAGUACCAGAGAACCCCCAUUACUGUUUGUCCCCUGAACUUCUGCACGUCCAGCCUUAUCCUGACCUCCGUGUCCGACCCACUAAGGAGAUCCUUGAGUUCCCAGUCAGGGAAGUCUACACACCUCACACAACAUAUAGGAACUUGCUGUAUGUUUACCCACAAAACCUGAACUUCAGCAGCCGCCAGGGCUCAGUGCGGAAUAUUGCCGUAAAACUCCAGUUCAUGGCUGGAGAGGACCCUAGCCAAGCCAUGCCAGUUAUCUUUGGAAAAUCGAGUUGCAGUGAAUUUGCUAAAGAAGCCUACACAGCGGUUGUGUACCAUAACAAAUCUCCUGAAUUCUGUGAGGAGUUCAAGCUGAAGAUCCCAGCCAACCUGACAGACAACCACCACUUACUCUUCACCUUUUACCAUAUCAGCUGUCAGCAGAAGCAGAACACACCUCUGGAGACUCCUGUGGGCUACACGUGGAUCCCCCUCAUGCAGCAUGGCCGGCUGAGAACAGGGCAGUUUUGCCUUCCUGUAUCAGUGGACAAGCCUCCGCCCAGUUACUCAGUCCUCACCCCUGAUGUACAACUACCCGGAAUGAAGUGGGUGGAUAAUCACAAAGGUGUUUUCAAUGUGGAAGUCCUGGCAGUCUCUUCUGUCCACACUCAGGACCCAUUCCUGGACAAGUUCUUCACUCUGAUCCAUGUGCUUGAAGAGUACACUUUCCCCUUUCGGCUAAAGGACGUGAUCCUGACAGAGAACAACAUGGAAUCAGAAUUGAAAUCUAGCGUGGGCAACCUUCGGGUGGCUAGCCUAGAGUCCCUUGUUGCCUUUAGCCAUCAGAUCCUCAACAAGUUGAUCCAACUCAUUGUAUACCCACCUGUCAUCGCAGGACAGAUUGUGAACUUGGGCCGUGCUGCCUUUGAAGCCAUUGCUGUGAUGGUGAACCAGAUCCACAAGAGCCUGGAGAAUAGCCAAGACCAACAUGGUCGCAACCAUCUUCUGGCCUCUUACAUCUUCUAUGUUUUCCGUCUGCCAGUCGCAGAGCUAAGCUUGCCAGAGCCUGGGAUGCCACCCCAGACUGGUCCCAUCCAGUAUGCCACCCUGUCCCGCACAACAGGACGCCCGGUCAGCCUUAAUCUCUCUCGUUCCAAAAGCAUCAGUAAUAGCAACCCUGAUCUGACAACCACCCCAAACUCCCCAGAUGAGGAAGUUCAGAAAAUCAUGGGCAGCAAGGGGAUCGACCGCUCUCACUCCUGGGUCAACUCAGCUUAUGCCCCGGGAGGCCCAAAGUCUGUGCUUCGCAGGAAUCAUCCGAACUCCAGCACGGACCUGAAGCAGGCUGCCGAGCGAGCACCUAAUCGUAUCUCCUCCUAUCUUGAGGGCUCCACUUUUCCUCCGGCCAUCCCGAUGAGACCAACGACCAGAAAGCUGCUUCAUGAAGAACUGGCCCUGCAGUGGGUAGUGAGCACCAGCUCUGUGCGGGAGGCCGCCUUGCACCAGGCCUGGUUCUUUUUCCAGCUGAUGGUUAAGAGCAUGGCACACCACCUCUUCCUAUGUGACAAGCUAGAGGCACCUCGCAAAUUACGUUUUCCUGGCCGAUUUGUUGAUGACAUCUCUGCUCUGGUGUGCACCAUCAGUGCUGAAAUUGCUAGUCGUUGCCAAAAGGAUGUGGAGCUGGUAGAACGUCUCAACAGCAGCUUGGCCUUCUUCCUCAAUGAUCUACUUUCCCUCAUGGAUCGUGGCUUUGUCUUCCUCCUUCUGCGCUCCUAUUACAAGCAGAUCAAUAAUCGGCUGCUGACAACACAGAACCCUAAUACUCUCAUUGGACUGAGGAUGGAUUUGAUCCGUAUUACUUGUAGCCAUGAGCACUAUGUCACCCUGAACCUACCUUGCAGUGGCCUCUCCCCACCUGCUUCCCCAUCCCCAUCUGUUUCCUCAGCAACCUCCCAAGGCUCAGCCUUCUCCAGCCACACUCAGGAUCAGCGAGUGGCCAACAUGUUUGAGCUGUCUGUGGCCUUUCGGCAGCAGCACUUUCUGGCAGGCUUGGUGCUAAUGGAGCUGGCACUCAUCUUGGAUCCAGAUGCUGAGGGAGCCUUCUUCCUGCACAAGAAGGCCAUCAGCACUCUCCACAACCUACUGUGCAGCCAUGACUCUGACAACCGCUAUAUGGACCGUGCCGUGCGGGCACACGUGGCCCAGCUCUACUUGCCUCUGAUUGGCAUCACAAUGGACGCCUUGCCCCAACUCUAUGAUUUCACAGAGACCCAUAACCAACGAGGACGGCUUGCCUCUGUGAUGGUUGAUGAUGGAGAGGGAGAUGGCAGCACCAUUAGCCAGUCAGUUGCCAUGGCCAUUGCCGGCUCCCCCUUGCCUCAUGCUCACCGUUCCACUGUCUUCCAGAUGCCGUCAGUGCCUCCUCGUCAGUACAGCAUGCUGUCUGCCGAAGGAAGUCGCAACCUGCUGGUGUGUUUCCUUUGGGUGCUGAAGAAUGCAGAUGAAGCAGUGCUCCACCGUUGGCUUGCUGACCUCUCUGCUCUGCAUGUGAACCGACUCCUUGACCUUCUCUACCUCUGUGUGUCCUGCUUUGAGUACAAGGGCAAGAAAGCCUUCGAACGGAUCAACAGCCUGACCUUCAAGAAGUCGCUGGACAUGAAAGCACGACUGGAGGAAGCCAUUCUGGGCACUAUUGGAGCACGCCAGGAGAUGGUUCGACGCAGCCGAGAGCGCACCCCGUAUGGAAAUCAAGAAAAUGUGCGCUGGAGGAAGAAUAUCGCCCACUGGAGGCAGAAUUCGGAUAAGGUGGACAAAUCCAAGGAUGAAAUGGAGCAUGAUGCUCUUGUGGAAGGGAAUAUGGCCACAGAGGCCAACAUGGUGGUACUGGACACACUGGAAAUUAUUGUGCAGACAGUGAUCUUAUCAGAAGCUAAGGAGAGUGUCCUGGGUGGGGUGCUGAGGGUGCUUCUGCACAGCAUGGGCUGUACACCUAGUGCUGCCUUCCUGCAACACUGCUUUGCCACCCAGAGGGCACUUGUGAGCAAGUUCCCUGAAAUGCUUUUUGAGGAAGACACGGAAUUGUGUGCUGAUCUUUGUCUGCGUCUCCUGCGCCAUUGCAGUAGCAGAGUGGCCACCAUCCGGACUCAUGCAAGCACUUCCCUCUACCUUCUCAUGCGACAGAACUUCGAGAUUGGCAAUAACUUUGCCCGGGUGAAGAUGCAGGUGACCAUGUCCUUGUCUUCCCUUGUGGGAACAUCACAGAACUUCAAUGAGGAGCACCUGAGGCGCUCGCUAAAGACCAUCCUGACUUAUGCAGAGGAAGACCCAGAGCUGCGAGAGACCACCUUUGCUGAGCAGGUUCAAGACCUCGUUUUCAACUUGCACAUGAUCUUGACAGAUACAGUAAAGAUGAAGGAACACCAGGAGGAUCCUGAAAUGUUAAUAGACCUGAUGUACAGGAUAGCCAAAGGGUACCAGACAUCACCAGACCUGAGGUUGACCUGGUUGCAGAACAUGGCAGCAAAGCACUCGGAAAGAGGGAACCACGCGGAGGCAGCUCAGUGUCUGGUGCAUUCUGCUGCAUUGGUAGCCGAAUACCUGAGCAUGCUAGAAGACUGUCGCUACCUACCUGUGGGCUGUGUCACUUUCCAGAAUAUCUCUUCCAAUGUGCUGGAAGAGUCUGCUGUCUCAGAUGACAUCCUCUCUCCUGAUGAAGAGGGCAUCUGUUCCGGAAAGUACUUCACUGAGCAAGGCCUUGUAGGGUUACUUGAACAAGCAGCUUCCUCGUUUACUAUGGGAGGACUUUAUGAAGCUGUCAAUGAGGUCUACAAGAUCCUUAUCCCCAUCCAUGAAGCCAAUCGUGACUUCAAGAAGCUGGCAGUGCUGCAUGGCAAAUUGCAGGACGCCUUCAGCAAAAUCACCAACCAAGCCUCUGGCUGGGAGAGAAUGUUUGGAACAUACUUCCGGGUUGGUUUUUAUGGCUCCAAGUUUGGAGACCUGGAUGAGCAGGAGUUCGUUUAUAAGGAGCCCUCCAUCACCAAAUUGGCAGAAAUAUCCCACAGACUUGAGGAAUUUUACGCUGAGCGCUUUGGGCAUGAAAUGGUAGAAAUCAUCAAAGGCUCCAACCCUGUUGACAAAGCAAAGCUGGAUCCCAACAAGGCAUACAUCCAGUUGACAUAUGUGGAACCAUUUUUCGACACAUAUGAGUUAAAGGAUCGGGUCACAUAUUUUGACAAGAACUACAACCUCCGCACCUUCAUGUUUUGUACGCCUUUCACAUUGGAUGGGCGAGCACAUGGUGACCUGCAUGAGCAGUUCAAGCGCAAAACUUUGCUCACCACUUCCCAUGCUUUCCCCUACAUCAAAACACGCAUCAACGUCAUUCACAAGGAAGAGAUUAUUCUCAUCCCAAUUGAGGUAGCCAUUGAGGACAUGCAGAAGAAGACUCAAGAGCUGGCUUUUGCCACCCACCAGGAUCCACCCGAUGGCAAAAUGUUGCAAAUGGUGCUGCAGGGAUGUGUGGGCACCAUAGUCAACCAGGGCCCUCUGGAAGUGGCACAGGUGUUCUUAGCUGAGAUCCCGGAUGACCCCAAGCUGUACCGGCACCACAAUAAGCUACGGCUCUGUUUCAAGGACUUCACCAAGAGGUGUGAAGACGCCCUCCGCAAGAGUAAGACCCUGAUUGGACCAGACCAGCGCGAGUUCCUCCGAGAGCUGGAGAGAAACUACCAGCGUCUGAAGGAAGCCUUGUGCCCGCUUCUCAACCGCAAAAUCCCUCAACUCUACAACCCUGUUACUCCCCUUUCUGUACACAGAAACUCCUUCAACAGAUUGAGUCUGCGGAAGGUUGAAGCCUAAAAAGCAGACCCCCAAUACAAUGGACUGCCUGAACCACAGGGACCCAAUGCAGAAAAGCAUUGUCAACUCCUUACAUUCCCCCAGAUUUCAGCCAUGCUGGGGAUAUGUGACUUGCUGUGCACUGAGAUUUGGGAUCUCUUUCUGCAUCAUUCCAGACUUGCUCCAACCUGCGGGGCCUGCCAGUCUUGUCACUCUAAGAAGAAGGAAAUAACCUGGGGAAAAAGGUCCUGGGAAUGAUCUGGUUUCCGGCCUCCUGUCCUGCUGUGGGCUAUGCUCCCCCAUAGGAAGCUUCUGAUUGUAAGGCCUUCCAGAUCUGGCCAAGACCUUUUGCAGAUCUUCUUCCUGACUGAAAUCAAGAUUUGAUUUACGCACAUGGACCUUGGGCUUCCAGAUGUAGCUGACGGCUGGCCCACUUUGGGUUCUGUGUCCUUGUCUUUCUGAAGGCUGGGUUUAGCCAAAGGACUCCGGCUCUCUCCUCUCUUUUCUCUUGUUCUGUCUUUCACUCUCCCUUUUUGACCACCAACCAUUUGAGGCUUCCAGCUGUUCAUGGAACAACAAGAAUGAUUGCUCCAACAUUCUUGACUCAGGGAAGAAGGCAGUGAUAUCUGGGAGCCAUUUAAAACCUAGGUCGUCAGGGUCCUGAGCCUGGCCUUUCUUUUAAGAAGUUGGUCUGCCCACUCAUGUACCUAGGCUGAAGGGUUUGGCUUUGCUAUUCCCUUCACAGGGCAUCCUGACUGCCUUUUUAUGUAGCUAGUCUCCAGGGGGUGGUUGCCUAAUAAUGUGUCUUUUGGAUAAUCCUCCACUACUUUUACCUUUCCAAUGCAGACCAAAGAUCCUUUUCUAUCUGGCAUGCCUCUUACUAAUUCCUUUCCAAAGCAGGGCUAAAAUCCACACACGUUCCAUCACAGCAGUGCCUUCUGGGGCAGGAUUUGCAGCAGGAGUGCCUGUUUCCCUCCCUUCUUCCAAAUGCCAGCUGGGAGCUGUGUGUGUGAUUCUUACAAGGACAACCAUCAAUGGGUGCCCCUUUCUACCUUUUAGUGCCUCUUCUGCACCUCCAAAAGUUAGCAGUGGAAGGAAAGUUCACUCUCCAGGGUAGAAUUGGAUCUAGGCUUUGUAGUGUUAUUGUAAGUUCUGGAGGAGCUCUUCCACACAGAGGCUAAACGGGAUAUUUGGGAAAGAAAUGGGUACAUCCCAUUAUCUGCGUUGAUGAAUGAUUUGGGGAUCAAACAGGGUAUUUUUUUAACCAGAGAGAGACAGUUUAGAUUUAAUGUAUUGUCGAAGGCUUUCAUGGCCGGAAUCACUGGGUUGUUGUAGGUUUUUUCGGGCUAUAUGGCCAUGUUCUAGAGGCAUU